AUGGGCCACUGGCUGAACAAAAACAUCAGCUCCCCUGCAGCUGCAGAUGAACCCAAUGCUACUGUAGAUGACAACGCCAAGGACAGAUUCCACAUUCUUGGGAAACCUGAAGGCCAAGACUGUACUCUGCUGAUCCGUGGCAUACUCAAAAGGGACAGCGUGACGUACUUACUCUAUGCAGAUCCAAGAGAACAAAGAAGAGCUUUCCUGAGGGAGAGUAUCAAACUCUCCGUGUCAGGGCUGCUGUCCCAGAGCCUGGAGUUCAACUCUCCUGCCGACAACUACACAGUGUGCGAAGGCGACAACGCCACCCUCAGCUGCUUCAUCGACGAGCACGUGACCCGUGUGGCCUGGCUGAACCGCUCCAACAUCCUGUACGCGGGCAACGACCGCUGGACCAGCGACCCGCGGGUGCGGCUGCUCAUCAACACCCCCGAGGAGUUCUCCAUCCUCAUCACUGAGGUGGGGCUCGGCGAUGAGGGCCUCUACACCUGCUCCUUCCAGACCCGCCACCAGCCGUACACCACUCAGGUCUACCUCAUCGUCCACGUCCCCGCCCGCAUCGUGAACAUCUCCUCGCCUGUGACGGUGAAUGAGGGGGGCAGUGUGAACCUGCUCUGCCUGGCCGUGGGGCGGCCGGAGCCCACGGUCACCUGGAGGCAGCUGCGAGACGGCUUCACGUCGGAGGGCGAGAUCCUCGAGAUUUCCGACAUCCAGCGGGGCCAGGCCGGGGAAUACGAGUGCGUGACUCACAACGGAGUGAACUCCGCGCCCGACAGCCGCCGCGUGCUGGUCACAGUCAACUACCCCCCGACCAUCACGGACGUGACCAGCGCGCGCACCGCCCUGGGCCGGGCCGCCCUCCUGCGCUGCGAAGCCAUGGCCGUGCCCCCGGCGGACUUCCAGUGGUACAAGGACGACCGGCUGCUGAGCGGCGGCGCGGCCGAGGGCCUGAAGGUGCAGACGGAGCGCACGCGCUCGAUGCUUCUCUUCGCCAACGUGAGCGCCCGGCACUACGGCAACUACACGUGUCGCGCGGCCAACCGGCUCGGAGCGUCCAGCGCCUCCAUGCGGCUCCUGCGCCCAGGAUCCCUGGAGAACUCGGCCCCGAGGCCCCCAGGGCCGCUGACCCUCCUCUCCGCCCUGGGCUGGCUGUGGUGGAGGAUGUAG